AAUAACUAGAGCCGCGUAGUGGUCGGAAAUCGAACUAAUCAGAGAAAAAUUAUUUAGAAUCUCAAAUGAUUGCCGGCCUAAGGAGCACAAUAAAGUAAACAAUCAUUAUGUUAAAUCGCCUGGAAAAUAAAUUAGAAUUGUCAUCGAAUGUUAUAGAGGGCAUUCAUGAAUAUGGAGAUCAGCAUGGUGAAAAAGAAUGCCCAUUAUUAAUUCUCAAAGUUAAAGAAGUUGACAAAGACAAAGAUAGAUAUUGGUUAAUACUUGAAGAAAGAAAUGGAAAAGAAAUAUGGGCAAUGUUUUCAAUAUCACUUAGUGAAGAAAUUUUCAUACAAGACUUGGUGUUUCAGCCAGUUAUCAAACUAAAACAUUAUUAUUUACACCAAUUUGAAGCUAAAUAUUUUGUCGAAAACCCAUUAGAAACUUAUAUAAAUGUUAUUGGGAUAAAUGACAUUGAAAUUUUUAAUGGAACAACCUUUAAAAAUCCUUCGAAAAAUAUGACAGCUAAAGUUACAACACGUCAAAUGCUUCCACAUCGAAAAAAAAACAAAAAGUGUUCUGAACCUGAAUUAGAAAGUACAGAUGAGUCUGACAAUGAAUCCGAGUUCAAAAAAGUAGAAAUUACUGAGAAAAAAGUGGAACCAAAGACUAAAUUACAUAGUGUAGUUACUGUGAAAGAGGCUAUUCUACCAUUUGAAAAUAAGAAUCCGAGUAUAAAUCAAACACUUGCAGAUGAAAGAAAUAAGAAAUCAAAAGCUGAAAGUACUGUUCAAACAUCGGAAAAUAAUAGUUUAUAUGAAAGAAAUAAUAAAUCACAGGCUAAAAAUGUUCAACUAUCAGAAAAUAAAAAUUCAGAUGUAAGAAAUCACACAUCACAGGUUACAAAUGUUCAACCAUCAGAGAAUAAAAGUCCAAAUAUACAAAUAAGUUCUACUGAACUGGAAGCCUUUGUUGGAAAUGGCAAAACAGCUUCUUUGAUAACAUCGUUAACAUUAACAAAAAACAGUCCUUUGAUUCGAGGAUGUGUUAAAAUUUGCGGAGCAAUAACUUUAAGUGCUCGAGGAUGCAGUUACAGACGAUGUCGUUUAAAAGAUUCAUCUGGAGAAAUUUCUUGUGUCAUUUUUGAGCCUAUUUGUACUGCUAUAAAUAAUUUCCUUAAGAUCGGUGCCAUAAUAGAAGUAGAAAAUGCUGUAGUAGAUGAACUUCCUGUAUCAAUGUCAACUGGAAAUGAAAGAUACAAGCUAAACUUUCGUCCGUCUUCAAAAGUCGCACUUUAUUUAGAUAAUACUCGUGUAUACGAACAUCCUCCAGUAAUGCCAUCCAUGAUGACUUAUAAUGGAGGAAAAUAUAAGUCAUUGCAAAGUAUAAAAAGUUCUAUACGGUCCGUUGAUCGUGUUGAUGCUAUAGGUGUUUUGAUAUGGAUGUCUCAAUUACUUGAUGUUCGUAGUAACAAUAGGUGUGUAAAAUGCCGCAAUAUUCGAAUUGAAGAUGAAUCGGGUUCAGCACUUGUUUCAUUAUGGGAGAAUGUAGCAGAAACUGUUAAUUUUCCGAUUGGGUCAAUAGUAUCGGCAAAACGUGCACGUUUGAAGAUGAUCAGAGAUGAUAUUGAAUUUGUUAUUGAUAUGAAAGCUAAAAUAUCGUUAGCAGAAGAUUGUGAGGAAAAAACCAGGCUACAAAAAUGGUAUCAACCAGCUGCAAGAAGAAUGAUCCCAAAAAUAUAAAAGCAUUUAUUACAUGUAUUUUUUAUAAUUUGAAAAAAAAAAUACAUUCAAAAAUUAGA